AUGGGCGGAGGCGGUGGUCAUGGACAUGAGCCAUUCAAAAUCCCACACUACAGCAUCUACGAUAACUACAAGGCGUUUCCCGAGUUGGCCGCCCACGAGAAACGACUAGCACAAUUGGGAUUAAAAGAUCCUUGGAUUAGAAAUUACACCUACUUAUUCGAUCGCGACUAUGCUCACGUUUAUGGACAAUGGGCUCAUCUCAAAAGGUUGCUUCGACCCGGCUUCAAAUGGGGAGUAGGGGCGGCAGCCGUGUUGAUCGUGGCCGAGGAGCUUCACUCACUUUCGACGAAAGGCCACACAAGCUGGGCUGGACACCAC